AAGUCCACACAGACUAAGAAAAGAUUAUUCAUCAUCGACUGGAAAACGCCGCCGUCGCCGCUGCCACUUUCCCGUGCUUGACAUGGCUGCCGGUCAGACGCAAGACGACCGCAAGAGUCGGGGGCGGAGCCCGGCGUCAAAGAAGGGGCCAAUAGGAGAGGCCAACGUGUCCACAGACAUGAUUUACACCAUCGAGGACGUCCCCCCCUGGUACUUGUGUAUUCUACUGGGACUGCAGCACUACCUGACGUGUUUCAGCGGAACCGUGGCGGUCCCGUUUCUCCUGGCGGAGGCCAUGUGCGUGGGUCAAGACCAGAACACCAUCAGUCAGCUGAUCGGCACCAUUUUCACCACGGUGGGGGUCACCACCCUGAUCCAGACCACGGUGGGAAUCAGACUGCCGCUCUUCCAAGCGUCCGCUUUGGCCUUCCUCGUUCCUGCACAGGCCAUCCUGGGUCUGGACCGCUGGACUUGUCCCAGCCAGGAGGAGAUUUAUGGGAAUUGGACUCUUCCACUUGACACGUCCCACGUGUGGCAACCUCGUAUCAGAGAGAUUCAAGGAGCCAUCAUGGUGGCGAGCGGCGUGGAAGUCCUGAUCGGCGUGCUGGGACUGCCAGGAAUCCUGCUGGAAUACAUCGGGCCGCUCACCAUCACGCCCACCGUGACGCUCAUCGGCCUGUCCGUGUUCACCACGGCGGGAGAGCGGGCGGGGUCCCACUGGGGCCUCUCAGCGCUGUGUAUCCUCCUCAUCGUCCUGUUUGCUCAGUACUUGCGGACCACUUCACUUCCUGUUCCCGUCUACAGCAAGACAAAAGGAGUCAAGUUCACGCGCGUCCACGUCUUCAAAAUGUUCCCCAUCAUCCUGGCCAUCAUGCUGGUGUGGCUGCUCUGCUACAUCUUCACCCUCACCGACCUCCUGCCCACCGAGCCGGGACGCUACGGACACAAGGCCAGGACGGACGCCCGUGGGGACAUCAUGGCUUCUUCUCCCUGGUUCAGAGUUCCUUACCCCUGCCAGUGGGGGGUGCCUGUGGUUACGUUUGCGGGGGUGUUGGGCAUGCUGAGCGCCACGCUGGCGGGUAUCGUGGAGUCCAUCGGCGAUUAUUACGCCUGCGCUCGUCUCUCCGGAGCGGCUCCGCCUCCCGUCCACGCCAUCAACAGAGGAAUCUUCACGGAGGGACUCUGCUGCAUCAUCGCUGGCCUUUUAGGGACCGGGAACGGAUCCACCUCCUCCAGCCCGAACAUCGGCGUGCUCGGCAUAACCAAGGUGGGCAGCAGGCGAGUGGUCCAGUACGGAGCCGCCAUCAUGUUGCUGUUAGGAUCCGUUGGGAAAUUCACCGCCCUGUUUGCGUCUCUGCCGGAUCCCAUCCUCGGAGGAAUGUUCUGCACGCUCUUUGGCAUGAUCACGGCCGUCGGUCUGUCCAACCUCCAGCUGGUGGAUCUCAACUCGUCCAGAAAUCUUUUCAUCCUGGGCUUCUCCAUGUUCUUUGGUCUGACUCUGCCCACGUAUCUGGACACGCACCCCAACUCCAUCGACACGGGUGUGGCAGAACUCAAUCAAAUCCUGACAGUCCUUCUGUCCACGGAGAUGUUUGUUGGGGGUUUCCUGGCGUUCUGCCUGGAUAACACCAUUCCAGGUUCCAGACGAGAACGCGGUCUACUGGAAUGGAGAGCUCUGUCUUCCUCGUCCACCUCCUACGACCUUCCUGUCGGGAUGGCUCUGAUCCGGCGGGUGCCCUGCCUCCGGAAAAUUCCAAUAAGCCCCACCUUCACAGGCUGGACUCUGUCUGAAGACCCGCCCCCUUCCGGUGAAAGGGAGGAGCAAGGCGGAGGGGGGGCGGAGCGAGAUGUAGACGAGGAGGAGCUUGGAGAGGAAGAAGCCGACAAGUCAACCAAAGUCUAAUCGCCACCUUUUCUCAUUUGACCCUUGACCCUUGUACGUAUGUCCCGUGGAAAUAAAGCAGCUGCUCCCCAUGGUGGAUGUCACCUCGGGAGGGAAUUUAACCUUCAAAUGGUCGUUUCCAAAACGCUGCCGUGAGCUGAGGUUGUCCGUGUGCUGCAGGUGACCGAAUCAAACGCUCCUUUUUUCCUCCUGCCUGUGACGUUAACGCCCUGAUCGCCUUGGAAACUAACGAGGACGACGUGGCUCAGGUGGUCAGUGGCGCGAGUUUGAUCGUGUGGAAGUGCCCUUGGGCAUGAUGCUGAACCCCCAGGUGCUCCUGAUGCCGUGUCAUCAGGAGCAAACGUGUAGUAACGUGACAAACAUGUAGUAACGUUUAGUAACAUGACAUUUGUGUAGUAACGUGACAAACGUGUAUUAACAUGUAGUAACCAGACAAACGUGUAGUAACGUGACAAACGUGUAUUAACAUGUAGUAACCAGACAAACGUGUAGUAACGUGACAAACGUGUAUUAACAUGUAGUAACCAGACAAACGUGUAGUAACGUGACAAACGUGUAGUAACGUGUAGUAACCUGACAAACGCGUAGUAACCUGACAAACGUGUAUUAACAUGUAGUAACCAGACAAACGUGUAGUAAUGUGACAAAUGUGUAGUAACCUGACAAACGUGUAGUAACGUGACAAACGUGUAUUAACAUGUAGUAACCAAACGUGUAGUAACGUGACAAAUGUGUAGUAACGUGACAAACGUGUAUUAACAUGUAGUAACCAGACAAACGUGUAGUAACGU